AUGGCAACACGUCUGAUUAUACGACGAAAGUCAAGCCCAGCAGAGUCCAGCUGGGUAUUUCGAGGCUUCUGCUUCACGCUUCUCCUUUUCUUUCCGCUGCUCAUCAUUGGGUGGUCCUCGCCCGCCGUUGCCCAGACCAUUCCUACUUGGUCUGUUGAUAAUGGCCCACAGGUGUCUGAACCGGCUGAAGAUCUACAGUUUGUUGGCAGCAUAGCUGGAGCCUUUGUCAUUGAGGCUGCCGUUCGAAGCCGCACGAGUGUCAAGAUGGCCAUAGUCAUGUUCCAUGUCAACCUUAUCAUGGGCACCCUUUUCGCCGGCAUUGCAUCUGCUCUUGCACCAUGGAUGGGUUGCAAGACUAUUGCGGUGGUUUGA